AAGCUGCUGCUACGAGCAAGGCUACACAGGCAGUAUGGCGGAGGAGGGCAGUGUGUACGAUUUAGAGGGGCUAGAAAAACAAUUAGAGAGUUUGUUGGGCCGCUAUUCAACUGAUGAAUUGCGGGCCGAUAGUAAGCCUUUCUGCUCCGACUUUUGCAAGCUGGUGGAGCAGCAAGCCUCUGGCUGGCAGGUGCCACUGCCUCAGCUCAGGAUCCUUGAGAAAGCUCUCCACUACUUCGCCCGAGCCUCCACCUUCUUCACGUCAAACUGUGAUCAUGUUCUCCACACACUCAGCAGUCUGGCUUUGAGUAUCUUUGAGUUGCUGCUGUUCUUUGACCAGAAGGACUUCCAUCAGGAGCCACUGAAACACUUCACUGUUACGUUCCAGGAAUGUCACUUGUCCCUUGCAAAGCAUCAGAAUGUACACUUACUUCAGGUGGAGCGAUCGAUUCGGAGCGGCGGGCCUUGGGCCGGCCCGGCUUUACAGGCAAUCCUCAGUGAGUCCAGCUUACCUCAGAGUGAAGUGGAUGUGUGCGUCAGCUCGGAGCUGCCGGUGUUCUUCGAGCUCCGGGUGCGUUACCUCUUAUCCUGUGAGCGGGUCAGUGAAGCGAUGGCGCUGGCUAAGUGCUGUUCUCGGAAUCCCACGGCAGGACAACACCUGUUCUUCCUCCAGGUCUACCUCACGUGGCUGUUCAAAACCUCACAGCAUGACCGCCUACAUAAAGAGGUGGCUGAAUUUAACGGUAAAGAUGCAAUUCACAUCAUCUGCAGUUUAGAGUGUGAGGAAAAGGAUGAGGUGCUCCUCGCUCUCAGCAGGGUCUUUCUUUCCCAGCAGCUACGCAGAGGAGACAUGUACUAUAUGUGUGAUCUCGUCUUCGUGUGGAGUAAACUUCAUAACCGGUUGAACACAUCUAAGCAGGCUCUACUGGAGGAGAGUCAUCAGCUGCUGUUGUCUGCCACCAAUGUCAACUCGAUCUUCCCGUUCAUCAGAGCCGUACUGCAAGAGCUGGGUGAAGAUGGUAUCCAGUUCUGCGUGGAGCUUUGUGCUAACGCGCUGGGUUCUUGCCGCCCCUGCGAUGUCAAAACAAAGUCCCUCAUCUACAAGACCAUCGCUGGCCUGCUUCCCAAUGACCUGGAGGUUUCCCGGGCCUGUGCUCUUCUCGUCUUCUUCCUCGAACGCACCGUUGACACCUACAAGAUGGUGUACCUCCUUUACAUGCAUCCUGAUCAGGAGUACCACGUGGAGUUCAGCCCCAUCAGAAACCACAUUCGCUUUGAAACCCUGCAGGUCUUGAAGAAGGACCUGUAUUUUGACCCAGAGUUUUGGAACCUCAUUGCUCUGCGGUCCAACUGUCUGAAGCUGCUGAGCGACAAGGUGGUUAGCAGCGCCCUCGAAGAAAUCAUGGAGGACAAAUGGAUCCUGAGCUAUUGCACCAAAGAACCUGCUUCUCGGUCACGGAAAUCAGCAUGUCAGAAAGGAAGUAAGGGGGCAGGAGCCAAAAAGCGGCACCACAAAGAGGAUACUGACACUGCAUCGAAGAGAUUAAAGGGCCCAGGCAAAACACGGCUAAAUGACCACACUGUAAAGAAGAAGGGGAACCAAGGGUUGCCAGCAUCGGAGCCUUUGAGACGUUCCUUUUGGCAGCUAGACAGACUGCAGGACAAUGUAGCCGCAGAGUAUGGAGAACUUAGACGGACUACGCGGCUCUCAGAGAAGAACCCACCAAAACGGAGGAUUAGAAAACCCAAGUGGCUUCUGGAAGACUCAGGAACACCCGGAGGAAAAGAUGUUCCUCCUAGGAUUAAAAAGCAUGGGUUGAAACAUCAAAAGCACUCCGUCGUUAGGAGGACUGAAACUGGUGACCUCAAGAACAAUUCAAAACACAAACCCUCUCAUUUAACGGCCAGGGAAAACAAAAGAAAGCAGCAGAAAAGGUUACCGUUGGACUCCGUUAAAGCAGCCGCUGCUCCACAAGUAGUUCUGGAGCUUUCGCUUCCAGACAACGAGCUGAUGGGAACUUUCACUGAGGACUCUUGCAACAGACAGAGAGGUAUCCCUCAAGUGCUUUUCUACAGAUCUACGAUGAAGGUUCCUAUUUCGUCGCAGCCUGUGAAGACUGUACACGGCAAAGAGGUGGUUCUCAGAGCACGGGAUCCAGCCAUGUUGCUGCAGCAGUUGCACUGUUACGCUCGGCGGCAGAAAGGAAAGGGCAACGUGGUGAAUAUUCAAGGCUCGGUGUCCACCAUCACGCGCUCCUCUGUACAUGGAAGUCCUCCGAAAGAGCCGCAGAGGGAGCCUGCUGCUGACGUUAAAGCUGAAAAUGACUUACUGACACCGGCACAAGCUGCAAAAUCCCCGGUGUCAGAAAAAGUCCAUCAAGCUCAAACUUCAAAAGCGGUCCCACAAAAGUUAUUCUCAGGAAGAGAACCCCCCAAAAAGUCUGCUGCUGAGAUGAAAGUCAACAAUGUUUCUACAGCAGCAAAGACUGAAAUCACAGAAGUCCCAAUGUUGGAUAAGGUCCUGCAAGCUCAAACUAUAUCGAAAGAGCUCUGUGAAGAGUCUGCAGUCGAGAUGAAAGUCACGAUAGCAUCAACGGCGGCUGAAGUGACGCCACCUUUAGGUUUGGAUAAAGGCUGUAAGGCUGAAAAUAUAAAAGACGCUUCCAAAACAACUUGGCCUGAGGUCCCGCAGGCCAGAAUUACGGAUAAAAUCCCUGCAGUCUCAAAUGCAUCCAUGGUUUCAAUCAUUGGAGCUGCUCCCUCAGAGUCCCAAGAAGUGAAACCAGAGCUGAAGUUACUCUCUUCUCAGACGGAAACCAGCAAAAAUCCAGAGGCCCAAGCUGACACCACAGAGAUGCUCCCCGCUGUCGUCAACAACGUUUCUGUUGUUGAUAUUGCAGGUGUUUCUCUCUCAGAAGCACCUGUGCCGAGUGAAAAUGACACACAGGGAGGAUCAACGGUCACGCCUGCUGAUAAGGACAGUGUAAAGGACAUCUCUGCCCUGACGUUAGUAACAGAAGUGCUCACUGAACUUGCACCUGAGGCCCUCGCUCAAGAUCUGGAGAAUCACAAACAACCAGCUCCACAGGACGACUCCUCUACGGGGUUGGUGAUAAAAAGGAAGUCUAAAGUCCUCAUAGGGUCCACAAAAACUCCAGCGGCUCUGACUUGA